GCGGGAGGAUGGGCUGCGGCGGGAGCCGGGCCGAUGCCAUCGAGCCCCGCUACUACGAGAGCUGGACCCGGGAGACCGAGUCCACCUGGCUCACCUACACCGACUCGGACACGCCGCCCAGCGUCGCCGCGCCGGACGGCGGCCCGGAGGCGGGCGGCCUGCAAGCAGGUGUGCUGGAAGAUGGACUGCCCUCCAAUAGUAUGCCUCGAUCUACAGCCCCAGAGAAGAAUAUGAACAGUGGGAUCCAGUGUCCAAAUUCCCAGACCCUCAGUUCAGGCCCUCUGACUCAGAAACAGAAUGGCCUAUGGACCACAGAGGCUAAAAGAGAUGCUAAACGGAUGUUGGCAAAAGAAGUCACCAUUAAUGUUACAGACAGCAUCCGACCAAUGGACAGAAGUAAAAGAAUCACGAAGAACUGCAUCAACUAGCAGAGUCUCUGAAAACAGAAGCAGAUGACCUUCUCUGGGGUUCUUCACAGUCCGGGGUCCUGCCAAGGAAAGCUGGAGAAGUGGAUGCCACUUGGUGAACGUGGAUGCUGCUGAGUGCCUUGAGAAUCAAUGGUCUGACCUGGCAGCAAACAGCUGGCUUGAGCUGUUAGGAUGUUCUCAGCUUCCCGUUUCUCACAUACAGUCAUUGUGCUGCACAAUCCUCAAAUACGUUAAUGAACUGCCAAGGGGCAGCUUGCUUUGCCUCUGUUCAGGCAAACUUCCUAUAAUUGGAUCUGCUGUGGACACAGUGAGCUAAAGAUACAGGUUAGAAUAGAAAACAGAAAAGCAGAAGUUGGGGAAAGAUUCACAAAGCAGUAUUGAGCUUUCCUGGCUUGAUCAUGUAGGGUUUUAAACAAGCUCAUUCUUUUCUUUUUAAAUUCUGCCAUUACAAAUCUUGUUUUAACCUAAAGGCUGGCUUCCACAUAACUCUAAACCCAGAUAUAUGAGAACCCACAAGCAAGGAAAACUUACUUUCAUUCUUGCCUCCCUAGCUCAGGAUGAGGGAUUAGACCUAGCUUCACAGUACUGACUCCAGCAGCUACUGGGAAGUGUCUUCCCUAGAAAUGCCUGCUAUCUGGUAUCCAUACACUAGCCUCCCAUCCUUCAGGACGUGAUCCUUGUGGUCAGUGCACAUAAACUUGGAUACUCCCCAGGUUCAGCCAAACACGGCAUCCCUGCUGCCCCACCCCCAACCCUCUAGUUCCCUUUCCUUGUCUUCUGCUAAAUUUUCUUUCUCCAUUUGGAUCAUUUGCAAUUGUAAUCAAAGAUAGGACAAUGCUCACAGGAGGAAGGUGACACAGGAACAUGUGGCAGCAUACACAGCUUUCCUUUGGCCUCUCCAUACAUAGCCUCAGGACUGUACUAUUUUGGUAUUUGCAAAGUAAUUACUUUAGAAAGCCAGUACCUAGUUGAUGCGUAUUCACACUGACAUUAGACUGGUAUGCAUUAUGUAAAAAAGCAGGGAGUUUGCCAGGCACCAGUAACCUAGCUACUCAGGAGGCUGAGAUCUGAGGAUCAAAGCCAGCCC